AUGAGCCCCACGGAUUUGAAGGAGCUACAAGGGGAGCACAUUAUACUCAAAAAGGCUGUUAGCCCAGGAUCAGCCGCUGAGGUUUCUCAGAUUCGGGUAAUCGAUCUCGAUGGAAAGGAGUACUGCCUGCCCAAAGCGCAAUGCCAAACAUGGUUUGAGUUUAUCAAUGUGUUCGUGGGUGUUCUAGGGUCAGAAAACUCCAUGUCAAAAUCUUUUUACGAUGACUCUUGGAAGGAGGGUUACGACUUGCAAUCAAACAGUGAGCUGAUUUCAGAGGUGAAUUGGUCUGAAAUCAUUACAAAGCAAGAAUAUGAAGACAUUCUCAUUCAUAUCCUGCGCAAGCCAAGAGAGCCUGUUCCAGAACCUGAACCUGAGAUUGUGCAACCAGAGGCAUAUCUACCACCGACGCACCCAGUACCGCGACCGCCACCACCGAUCUUACAACCACCCUUCUCACAAAGUCAUUCAUAUAGCCAAGGACCUCAUGGGCAAGGAAACAGAGUACAAAGCGAGGGAGCCAUACUCCCUACGAUACCAUAUGAAUUGCAGGAAAACCAGCUUGUUCUCAAUCAGAUGCUCAAUCCUUACUCCUACAAUCUACCAUCGUCCUACCCCUCUCAUCCAAUGAGCCCACAGUCUAGCCUUUAUUACCAGCCGCCUCUCUGGAGGCCGCCUUAUGGGAAUGCGUAUUCGCAAUCCGCAUUGCACGGGUACGGCAUGACUGAUCCCUUUUCUGCGAAGGACAAUGGAUAUUUGACUACAGUCACUCCUUACCAUCACACAUUAUCCAAUGGUCAUUCCGGUGACCCACAUUAUCAUCCAUUGGCUCUUGGAAGCACAAAAGCUCUUACAAGGCAAUUUCCACACAGCGCUCCGUCACGCUCGGCCGGUUAG